UUCUGGCCUUUAGCCUGGACAAGUAUUCGCGCGCAUGCAUUUACUUCAAAUACUCAGCUGCUCAGUCUUCUGUUUCCACUGAAUGUGCGACAUGUUAACCAGCCGUUUAAGAAUUCAGUCACAGAAUCAAGUCAAAAAUGAAAUCACGUUUUUCCUCGCAUGAAAGAGGGAUAAAAUGGGAUUUGGCUUUGCUCUCGAUCUAAAAUGUGAUUUUAUGGAGCUAAAUGUCAGCGGUCUCACGCAUUGUCAUCCGCUGGAUGGCAAAAAUGCGGGCUCUGGGUACGAGAUUGGCAUAACCCGGGGAAAAGUUUUGGAAGCGAGCUCAUACAUGAAAUUUUUCCCCAGAAAACUGUGUAAUUUCGAAAUUUUGAGUGACUUUUUAGAGAAUUUUACACUAGAAAAUCAUUUUAUGGCUUUUGAUUUUGCUUUCUGAGAGGUUUUMCGGAAGGAGAUUGCACGGCGAAUAUCUGAAGAGACAAGUAAAAAGAACAAUAAUAAAAUACCCGAGGGAAACGUAGGAUCAGCUGAGGUAAUGUCACAAUUUUACGAUCAGGAUGAGAAAGUCGACGAUGAAAUUCACCACACCGAAGAAAAACCGGUGAGAACGUUCAAGAUCAUUAUCAUCGGUGACAGUAAUGUCGGRAAGACUUGCCUUGCCUAUAGAUUCUGCACAGGAAAAUUYCCUCUAAGAACAGAAACUACAAUAGGAGUCGACUUCUGGGAGAAACGUCUAGAAAUUGAAAAUGAGAAAGUUAAGUUACAAAUAUGGGAUACUGCAGGACAAGAAAGAUUUCGCAAAAGCAUGGUCAGUCACUACUACCGUAAUGUYAAUGCAGUUGUGUUUAUGUAUGAUAUAACACGGAAGUCAUCAUUUGAGUCAAUGGCAACAUGGCUUAGUGAAUACGGACAAUUUUCUGACUCUCCGAAUGUCCCCAAAAUUAUUAUUGGGAAUAAGUGCGACUUGGGAAAGCUAAGAACAGUUAAUUCAAAUGAUGCCAGAAAAUUUGCAGAUUCAUACCACAUGCCCUUAUGGGAAAUAUCUGCAAAAAAUGAUGAUGAACUGCCAACUAUAGACUCAAUAUUUCUUACCGUUGCUCAYAAGCUAGUUAGGAAGAAGCCUAUUAUGAAUAAGAAUGGUUGUAGUGAUGAUGGAGAUGAGAGGAGGAAAAGAUCAAGUAAAAGACGAUCAAAAAGAAUCAAACUAACUGAGCAACCUCAAGAAAAAAAGUGCUGCCAAAAAAGCUGAAAUUCCCUUGUGUAGUUAGACAUAUUAGAACGUUGAGAAUUAGGAGAAUUUGAUGGUCACCAGUUAUCCACAUUUAGACAUGGAAAAUUGAUGCUAUGAAUUAUUCUGAUGAAAAUGCUAAUUGUAAAGAUAUGAACAUUUUUAAAGUAAUAUUUUUUAAUGAUGUCUUGUAUUAUCGUUUUGUAUUUUUGGCAAUAAUCGAUACUUUCAUUAAGCUUUCAGUAAUAAUGCAAAACAAUAUAUAUGUACAAACAAUGUAGAAACUGAAAGAUGAAAGCUCAUUUAACUCCUGAAGUGCAGUUUCUCUCGAUAAGAAUUGAAUAAGAUAUUGAUUAUAAUAGACCUUAAAGUAAUAUUGAAAUUAUGAUAUAGAGAAGUUAAAUAAUUUAUAACAAGAGUAGGAAUAAGAGAAUUUAAGUUUGUAUGAUUACCCUAUAGUUGUUUGAUCUAGAUUAAAAUUUACAUUUAUUAAAGAAGAUAUAGCAUCUAUGUUUGUAU